AUGCUUUGCCGUGUUCCAGCAGCUGAUGAGGUGGAGGCCAAUGUGCUCUACCGCAAGAUCGAAAAACUCGAUGGUGAUCUCAAAAAGCGGGAGCUUCAUCUCGCGGAGCUCAUUGAUGAGGUGGUGUACGCGGAGGAUAGCAAAGACAAGGCCGUCCGUCGUGCUGAAGCCGCCCGCUACCUCGUCGACCAGCUGGAAGUAAUGCUGCAAGACCUCUUGGGUUACUUGAAGGUGAUUGAGGCCAACAUCCUCCUGCCGGCGUUCCUGGAGCUCUUGCGUGUUGUGCCGCACGAGCCUCUCACAAGUCGAGAGGUCGUCAACCAGACUCUUGAAAAGAUUGCCGAGAACAGCUUGAGCUCCCGAACAAAAAAACUUAUCGCCACGGUGAGAGAGCUUCCUUCCGGGACACAGAAUCGAGCAACACGUGAGGUCUUCAUGCGCACUGUGACGGAGGAGUCCGUCAAAGUGGAUGACGCCAUUGUCCUCAGUGGUCUUCUUUUGGCGAAUAAAGACGAGCUUUUGGCGCUGCUAGACGACCUGAAAGAGCGGGUUCAAUAUGCUCUGCAAGGCAACCGCCCCGAGGCACUUGUAGAUGGAAGAAACCGAGGUGUGGGGUCCAUCAAAAAUGUGUACCCUAAUAUUGAGGAGCUUCAGGACAAGUUGCAUCGCAUGGAGAAGGAACGGGAUAAAUUGCGAGAGCAGAUGCUAUCGCAAGGCGACAACCCUCGGGGCAUCAAUCACAUCCUUCAAGGCGAGAUGGCGGCGAUGGAAAAGCAGUUGUCUGAUGCGUGUCAUUGGCUUUCAACGGAGCAGUCCAACUCCCAAAAGAUGUUGGGACGUAUGAAGACGCUUGAAAAGGACGUGGAGCAGUUGUAUCAGGAGAAGGAAAUGCUACAGCGUGAGGUUAAGGAAUUAAGGCGCGACCAAGUUGGUCGAAGCCGCUCGUACGCGGAGGAGCGACGUGAAGAGGAGCUGCAACAGUUGAAGAUGGAGCUGGAUCGGGUUAUGUCCGGGCACGCUGCGGCGUGUGCUGCAACGGAGUCGCAGCUGGCCGAUCUCAGGGCGCAGAACGCCAUUCUUCUUGCUGAGAAGCAGGAGUACAAGGAACGUAUUGACGACAAGGAUCACCAGAUAGCCAGUCUGCAAGUGGCCAAUGACGUGCUUAGACGUGAGUUGUUUGAGUUGCAACAGAAAGUGCUAUCAAGCUCUCAUACGGUUUCUGCGAAUGAGGACAGUGAACAUGUACAGCGACUAGAAGCCACCGUUGCAUGUUUGACAACGGAGCUGAAUGCGUUAGAGCGCCGUCUGUCAGAUGUUUCAGCACGCCAUCAAGACGAGCGGAAGAAAAUUAUUGCUCAGUUUGAGGAGGAACAUGGUCGCUACAAGGCGGAGCGCCAAGAGUGUGAUUCGCUCGUUGAGCGGAUGGCAAACGAGUUAGAGCAGCUUGCUAUGGACAACCGCUCCCUUCGCGCUGCUGCUGCACUGCAGCAACUAUGA